AGGCUUGAGAAUACCUUCAUACAGGGAAAGAGAUAGAGCACGGAUUAUAAUGCUAAACAGGUUCAUUGGUUUAUCGGCGGCGAUCGUGGGUCGCAGCAGCCGCAGCAGCGGCUUAACGUCCUCGUCGCUCUUUAAAGCUGGGAAUCAGAAUCAAAACCGCACCAUGUCCACUGGCAAGGCUUUCAAGGUCCUGGUGACACACCCCGAGGUUCCACAGGAGGGCAUUGAUCUGCUCAAGCAGAACUGCGAGGUUAUCCAGGUGCAGAGCGUUCCCAUCAACAGGGCGGAACUUCUGGAGAAAAUCCGUGGAGUCGAUGGCGUUCUCUGGGGUGGACAUGAGGCCCUCAAUGCUGAGGCUCUCGAUGCUGCCGGUCCCCAGUUGAAAUCCAUCUCCACCAUGUCGGCGGGCAUCGACUACGUGGAUGUGCCGGAGGUCAAGAGGCGCAAGAUCCCACUGGGACACACGCCCACCGUUCUCAACAAUGCUGUGGCUGAUUUGGCUGUAGGUCUCAUCAUCGCCGCCAGCCGUCGUUUCAACGAGGGACGCAAGAAGAUUGAAAAUGACCAGUGGGAGAACUACCACCUCAACUGGCUGUUGGGUCAGGAUAUCCGUGACUCCACCGUUGGAUUCUUUGGCUUCGGAGGCAUUGGUCAGGCUAUUGCCAAGCGUCUGUCCGGAUUCGACAUUGGUAAGGUGCUGUACACCACCCGCCGUCGUGUGAGCAAGGAGAUCGAGGAGGAGUUUAACGCCAAGAAGGUCGACUUCGAUACCCUCUUGGCCGACAGUGACUUCAUUGUCAUCGCCUCCCCCUUGACCAAGGACACAGAGUACGUGUUCAAUGCCACUGCCUUCAACAAGAUGAAGGAGACUGCUGUUCUAAUCAAUAUUGCCAGGGGCAAGAUUGUCAAGCAGCACGACCUCUAUUUGGCUCUGAAGUCGAACCGAAUCUUUGCCGCCGGCCUUGACGUCACGGAUCCGGAACCCAUGUUGCACACGGACAGGCUGCUGGCGCUUGACAAUGUCGUUAUCCUGCCCCAUAUUGGAUCCGCCACGAAGCGUACCCGUGCCGAUAUGUCCACCAUUGCUGCCCACAAUGUGCUCCGCGGACUGGCUGGUGAGCCCAUGCUGUCACCUGCCUACUAGGAAAUUCAAAUGGAAAAUGUAAUGGCCUUUAGCUUUAACCAGUGUGGGAAGCUAGGCCAGCGAAGUGUAAAAAGUUAGCAACGGCCUUGGCUUGCUUCUAGAUGUGAAAAUAAAAACAAAUUAUGAUUGGAAAAA